AUGUCCCUCCGCAUAGCACCCCCCGCCAACUACGCUACCCAAACCUCCAACACAACCACCCGAUCAACCCUCCCCGGCUCAACCCCAGCGCCCACGAAAGGCGCCCCCUCCGCCCCCGGCCUCCCCGACACCCUCCGCAACAAAAUCACCCUCCCAGCGCCCGUGGGCCCCCCCUCGGCAAACGUCAACUCCACCCCGACCUCGACGCACCCACUCGAGGCCCGCCUGCUCGCCUGGCGCCAGACCCAGGACGCCAUGAAGAUGGAGACGCUGCGCCGCGCAUACGGGAUCGCCGAGCCCGUGCGCCGCGGCAUGGAGCUGAAGAUCGUGCGCGAUGGGACGUUCCGCCCUGCGGUGCUGGGUGGGACGCGCGGUGGGAAUGUGCAUGAGGAUAUCCUUGUUCUCGGGGGCCGGGAUACGGAGGUUGGGUGGGAGGAUAUCUUCCAAGGUGAUGAGUUCAGAGAGCCGCCUUCGCUUCACGACGAGAUGGAGAAGAGACUUCGGGUGGAGUUCUGA